GCUCCAAUGCUCCCCUUUGCCACGCUUCACCCAUAGUACUUCUGUCGCGCUUGCUUAUGUAUUUAAACACAUAAGCUUCGCUUUGUGUUGUUACCCAGCCACUACGACACAAAUCAAGAACAAGCUAGAAGAUCGCCCACAGCCCAAGUCCGUUCCCUGAGAUCAUGGAGAUCACGGAGACACCAAAAGGGCGCACCGCCACAAAGAAAGCUCUCCUGCUGCUAAGCUGCGCCAUGCUGGCGCUCGGCAACUGCUGCGGUCCCCUAAUAAUGCGGCUCUACUUCCUCCGCGGCGGCAAGCGCAUAUGGCUCUCCAGCUGGCUCGAAACUGCCGGCUGGCCCAUCAUCCUUCCCGCCCUCGCCGUCGUCUUCAUGCAGCGCCGCCGUGCAGCUGACGGCUCCUCCGCCGGGUUCUUUCUCAUGAAACCUCGCUUAUUCGUCGCCUCCGCCGUCGUCGGCGUCCUCACCGGCCUCGAUGACUACCUGUAUGCGUAUGGCAUGGCGCGUCUUCCGGUGUCCACCUCAUCGCUGAUCAUAGCCACCCACCUGGCCUUCACGGCCGGGUUCGCCUUCUUUCUGGUGAGGCAACGGUUCACCUCGUAUUCGAUAAACGCCGUCGUUUUGCUGACGAUCGGAGCUGCUGUUUUGGGGAUCCAUUCGAGCGGCGACCGUCCUAAGAACGAGUCGAACAAGGAGUAUUAUUUGGGGUUCUUUAUGACGCUGGCGGCGGCAGCGCUCUAUGGGUUGGUUUUGCCCGCGAUGGAAUUAUCGUACAAGAAGGCACGGCAGGCCAUUACCUAUUCACUGGUGCUGGAGAUGCAGAUGGUGAUCGCUUUCUUUGCUACUCUCUUCUGCACCAUAGGCAUGCUGGUCAACCAUGAUUUUCAGCUCUCUCUCUCUCCAUGGAAACACAUGGCAAUCAAAGGUGGGUUGUGGGGCCAAUUACACAGGGCGUGGGAUUAGUCACGGACCGUAAAACGAACGUAGACACCCUGGACGUACCUAAAAAAAAAAAAUCAAAGGUACUAUAAAAUAAGCUGAUAGGUUUCAGUAUUAUAAGUUGACUGAUUAAUCAAGCAUAAAUCAAGCUGUAAAUUAGUCAAACCGGAUAGUGUGAAAUGGC